UUACUCCCCCGCCGCCCGCUUCCCCGCUUUAAAUAAGCCGCACCGCCGCGGCUCGCCGUGUCUCCACCGCUGCGCUUUUCUGGUUCCCAAGCAGAGCCAAUAACCAAAGCGCAGUUUCCCCACGUAAAGCCGCGACAAAAAAAAUAUAGCAUUGUUAGCGGAGACAGAGAGCAAGAGAGGGCGGAUCUGUUGUUGCCGUCGGCAUCGCCGUUGUCGUUGUUGCCAUCGCCGCGGGGGUUUCGAAGCCGCCGUGUGAGCUCCGAAAGGAGCUCGAGGGCGACUUAAAGCGCAAAGGGAGAAGAAAAAAGUGAUCUUGUGGUCGAGGAAGGACGGAGCAUAGGAACUUGGGUUCCCCUUCCUUGACCUCAGAAGAGGACUCCCGGAGAGGAAGAAACAGAGAUGACCUGGCCGGCGUAUUUGAAUGAGUACGAGAAGCUCGUCAUUCGGAUGGACAACCCCAGGGUUGUGAUCGACAAUGCCGUUUGCCCCACAGCGACUCUCGUGAAGGUCGACAGCGCCAGGAAGCAUGGCAUCCUCCUCGAAGCCGUGCAGGUCCUCACCGAUCUCAAUCUCUCCAUCAAGAAGGCCUACAUCUCCUCCGACUGCCGUUGGUUCAUGGACGUCUUCCACGUCACCGACCAGUUCGGCAGCAAGCUCACCGACGAGAGCGUCAUCUCUUACCUCGAGCAGUCCUUGGACACGGAGGAGAGCGAUUUCGAGCGACCCAUUGGCGCCGAGGGCUACACUACCCUCGAGCUCGCCGGCGCCGACCGCCCUGGCCUACUCUCGGAGGUAUUCGCGGUCCUCGCAGACCUCGGUUGUGGCGUAGUCGACGCGAAGGUGUGGACCCACAACGACCGCAUCGCGUGCCUCAUCUCCAUCCACGACGAGCUCUCCGGCGCGUCAAUCGACUACGACUCCCCCCGGAUCCUCCACAUCGAGUCCCGCCUCCUCCACGUCCUGAAGGGCGACCACGGUGUCUGCGGCGCCAGAGCCGCCGUCUCUUCCGCGGCGAUCUGCCAUCCCGACCGCCGCCUUCACCAAAUAAUGUUCGCCGAUCGCGACUACGACCGGACAUCUCCGCCAUUAACGACAACACAGUCUUCCUCGUUCCCUGCCGUCUCUAUUCAAAACUGGAUCGAAAGGGGUUACUCCGUAGUCACCGUGCAAUGCCUCGAUCGCCCGAAGCUCCUCUUCGACGUGGUGUGUACGCUCACAGACAUGGAAUACGUCGUGUUCCACGGCACCAUCGACACUGACGGCAAUAUUGCUCAUCAGGAGUUCUACAUAAGGCAUAAAGACGGCAGCCCGAUCAGUUCCGGAGCAGAGAGGCAAAGAAUGAUUCAAUGCUUGCAAGCAGCCAUCGAGAGGAGAUCAAUAAAGGGGCAAAGGCUAGAAUUGUACAUGGAGGAUCGCCCGGGACUCCACUCGGAGGUAACUCGAACACUUCGAGAGAACGGUUUGCUGGUCACGAGAGCAGAGGUGUCGACCAAAGGAGAUAUGACCUUGGCCAUGUUCUACGUGACGGACGCCUCCGGGCAACCAGCGGAUCCCGGGGUCAUCGACGCAGUCCGGCAAAGGAUAGGUCCCGAUUGCCUAAUAGUGGAGGAGAAACGGCCCCAGUUCCGGCGCCACGAGGUGGCGCAGGGGUUGGGUGGCGUCGGCGUUGGGCUGUUCUACUUGGGAAAUCUUUUCUGGAGGAAUUUGUAUAAUUUGGGACUGAUCAAGUCCUUUUCAUAGCUCCAAACCUCCAUUUAUUACCAUCCAGAAUUUUCUCCUUGCGUGUACAACUUUGUAUAUGAAGUCCAUUACGUAUUGGUCUGCACAUAGUGGGUAAAGCAGAGCUCGAGGUGGUGGAUUGUGAUUGCUGUUUCCUGAAUUCCUGGAGUUUGUUGUUUUAGAUACUCUUUGUAUAUAAGUAAUUGACAUUUGAAUUCAGGAGCUUGAUUUACU